AGAGGGAGGUCUGUGGUGGUGCUGCGGCUGCCCUGUUUUCUGCCAGCUGGGAGGGGCCGGGUAGGGGUUCUGCUGGAGCCCUAGGAGGUGGAAGGUUAAGCAUGGGGAAGAGCUGCAAGGUGGUCGUGUGUGGUCAGGCAUCCGUGGGUAAAACUUCAAUCCUAGAACAGCUCCUGUACGGGAACCAUGUAGUGGGUUCUGAGAUGAUUGAAACCCAGGAAGAUAUCUAUGUAGGCUCUAUUGAGACAGAUCGGGGAGUGCGGGAGCAGGUGCGUUUCUACGACACCCGGGGGCUUCGAGAUGGGGCUGAGCUGCCCCGGCACUGCUUCUCCUGCACGGAUGGCUAUGUCCUGGUCUACAGCACAGAUAGCCGAGAGUCCUUUCAGCGUGUGGAGCUACUCAAGAAGGAGAUUGACAAAUCUAAGGAUAAGAAGGAGGUCACCAUUGUGGUCCUGGGCAACAAAUGUGACCUACAGGAACAGCGGCGUGUAGACCCAGAUGUGGCUCAGCAUUGGGCCAAGUCAGAGAAGGUGAAGCUGUGGGAGGUAUCAGUGGCUGACCGCCGCUCCCUCCUGGAGCCCUUUGUCUACCUGGCCAGCAAAAUGACCCAGCCCCAGAGCAAGUCUGCCUUCCCCCUCAGCCGCAAGAACAAGGGCAGUGGCUCCUUGGAUGGCUGAAGAGCUACCAUUCCUUCUUCACCCUCCCAACCCUGUUCCAGCUUCUGGAACUCUAGAGGAUAGGCUAAGCAUAAGGCGGCUAUGUAGGCAAUCUGUCCUUCCCAGUCAGCAGAGGGAGCAACCCACUAGCCUAGGCAUCUGGGCUAUCUCAGGCCCAUGCCACUUCUCUCUCU